AUGUGCGGGUAUGCUCCGGAUGCAGGGCUUCUUUGGUGCUGCGAUCCAUACGAUGAGUAUGUAUCUGCCUGCUCACCUGGCCCAGGACGUUUGGAUUCUAACGGGGCGGCGGUGAACAGGUAUUGCUGGGGGGGCACGCAAACGUGUAAAGGGAAUAGAGGCGGACUGGAUCAGAUUUAUUGUGAGAAGGGAGGAGCUACUUGGUGUUGUAAUAAGAAAUACGAGAGUUGCACGGAUGCAGAAAAUCAGAUAAAUGUCUGUGUGCCAAAAUCUUUCAGGAAUCCCGUUGCAGAUGGGCCGGUCUCUCUAGCUUCGGCUUUCCGAAACUCAACGACAUCACCAUCUACAACAAAGACGUACUCUCCACCCCCAUUAUCAUUAACAACACCAGCAUCCGUAACAGGGGAGGCCAUUUCAUCCGGAACAAUACAGAUAAUCACUAGGAGCAUGAGAUCCAGGGUUACUACCAAUGCCCUGGAGCCUCUAGUUACAACGCCAACAUCAAAUGAAGCUGGAGCAACAGCAACCAAGUCGACAUCGGCAAGCGAUACUUCGCAGGCGGUAGAAACACCACCAACAACGGAUCCCCCAAAGAAAUCCCUCAGUGCUGGUGGAGCAUGUGGAAUUGUCUUGGGAGCCUUAUUUGGAAUAGCGAUCCUCUUUGAAAUCCUAUACCUUCUUCGUGAGCGCCGUCUGAAGCUUAAAGCAGGCAGAAAUGAGAAAGUGAAAGGGCAGGAGGUUAUCCGAAACAGAGCGUGGAGCGACAAGGAGACUUUCACUGGCGCUGAGGUCAGAUCAUACACGGUUACAAAGUGGGAUUCGCAGCUUGGGACCAAGAGCGGAGGAGAGCCAGGCGUUGAGUCUGCCGCACGUGGGCCAUCAGUUUGGGCAACUGCGGUUGUUAGCGAGGUGAAUGAGCUGGAGGCGGAGGUUCCUGUGUCAGAAAUGCCUGCCGGAGCUGAGUGUUUAGAGGUCUGAUAUGAGUAGUGCUAGUACACUACCAACCAUGACCUCUCUUUCCUCCCUUAAUCCUUCCCUACCUCAGCUCAAUCCACCCCGGUCGACUGUCCCUUUUUAGUCCCUCUUCUCUUCUUUUAACUAUUUACCGGCUACAUUGUAUAAUAUGGGCUAAACUGUACUGUACUCUGCUCCUCGUGUGCAACCUGAAGUUCUCUAGAUUGGAGCUGAAGAUGAUUGAAUAAAUUCUAAUUUUAGUACCUUGGA